AUGCAUAUUUUACUUUUAUCAAAAUAUCUAAUAAAAGAAAAAUCUAAUAAGUUAUUAUUCUUAUUUUAUUUUAUUUUUCAUUUUAUUGUAGGAAAUAAACAUGAACAAUGUGGUGAUGAAAAUACAAUCGUUAUUUUUUAUAAACUUAGUUUUUCAUUAAAAUUAGAAUCUGAGAGUUCUCAAAAUAGACAAUAUAAAACAAAUUCUGAUUUUGUAUUUAAUGAUUGUGUUAAUUUAAAUUCAGUUAAUCCAUUAACAACAUAUCAAUUCAAUUUAAAACAUACUAAUGAUAUUCAUCCACGUCAUUGUUUAGAAUUAUGUAAUAAUUAUAAACAAAAAUAUGCUCUUCUCAAUUUAAAUAAAUGUUUAUGUACGAAUGUUUUACCAAAAAAGAAAAAAAAUAAUCUUCUUACACAAUUUGAUUUAAGUUGUACUCGUCAAUGUUCAGCUAAUUAUUUUUAUACAUGUGGAAAUCCUACUAAUUCAUCAUUAUAUUCAAUGUAUACAAUGGAAUUAAAUUGUCCUACUGAUUUUUACUUAGAUAAAAUAAAACAAAGAUGUAUAUAUAUAAAUACUGAGACGAAAACAAAUUCUCUUGUUCGUGCAAAAAAUAUUUGUAAAUCAAAAGGUGGUAUACUUGCAAAAAUAAAUGAUAUAUUAACAAUUCAAGAUGUUUUAAGUCGUUUAACUUUUAUUUUGGAUGAUAUAUUCAGUUAUUCAUUAUCUCGGGAUGAUUUAAUUUUAUAUGAAAGAAAACGAUAUUUUUGGAUUAAUCGUACAUAUAAUAUAAUUGAUAAUAAUACAUCAUUAGAUCGUUCUAUUGGAAGAUGUUCUGAAAGAUCAGAAUCAAUCGAUGAAAAUUGUAUUGUUCUUCGUUAUCAAAAAAUUUCUAUUGAACAUAUGCCAAGUUAUGAACGAUGUUUUACUGAAUCCGAUGAAUGUUCAUCUGAAUUUGCUUUACCUGUUUGUAUUGAUAAAUAUUUAGGAUCUAAUUCAACUAUUAUUAUUCCUUCUAUAAAUGAUAAUAAUUCAUCUAUUACAUCAAUUCAUACAUUAAUAGAUUAUACAUGUCAAUUUGAUCAAGAUUAUCAUUUAAUUUAUAAUUACUGUUAUAAAAUAAACUUUCAUGAAAUGAAUUGGCAAGAUGCAAAAGAUGAAUGUGAACGUGAUAAUGCUAUUUUAUUUAUACCUGAAAAACCAAUCAUAUUAGAAAUGAUAAAAUUAUUACUUUUACGUCGUCGUAGUUAUACAUCAUCUAAUAUUGUACAUCUUGGUAUUAUUUAUAACAAUAAAAAUGGUACUGUUAUAAAAUAUAAUACAAAAAAGGGAGAAAUUGUAAAAAAUUCAAAUAGUUCCAAUUCAAUUUACUAUGAAUGUGGAAGUACAUUUCGUAUAAGAUAUGAAAAAUUAUUGUCAUUUUCGUAUUUAUCAAAAAAAGAAAAGGAUCAAUUAAAAUCUCAGUUUAUUGGUUAUGGAUAUGUUGAUUUUCAAGAUGAUAAAAAACCAUCUAUUGAAUGUGACGAAAUAUCUUCUGAUCGACUAGCAACUGUUAUAUGUCAAAAAUUGCCUAUUCGAAAAACGCGUGCUAUUAUAGCAAAACGGUUAGUUGUCAAAUAUAUUUCUUAUACAUAG